UAUAUGCAACGCUUUGUAUAAGUGAACAGUGAGAACUGAAUGCACAUAUUAUGAAUUAAAUGUAAAUAUUCACCUUCAGCAACAAAGAAAAUGGAUCAAAAUAUACGCAAAAUACCAGUUUUCGUGUUUCCAACAACCUUAAAUUUCUAUUUAAAUGCACGUCAUACACACAAACAGCUACUAACACUCUACAACCCGUACGACUUUCCUGUACGAUUCAAAGUAUUAUGCACUGCCCCGAACAAGUACACUGUGAUCGACCCCGACGGCAGUAUCGGCCCGCAGGCGUGCGUCGAUAUCGUCGUACGACACACAUUUCCCAUAGUCGCCAAUUGUAGUAUAACCGACAAAUUUCGUAUCACCAUGCAGGACCACUCGACCAGAAAAGUAUUAGGCAAGCGCGACAUCGAGGCGAAACUGCUGCAGACCGAGCCUGAUAAUAACUCUAAUGACGGCGACAACUUUGUCAGUCUGCCACAGGCGGAUCGUGCCGAUCGACCGCCACCCAUGCAAUAUCAGUAUACUAUGCAAAGCAACCAAAGAUUGGGUACCACCUACACUGCAAAUUACCUCGCGAUACUUGCCGGCAUCGUCAGCAUUUUCGCUCUACUAUUACCGACUAAGGAGGAGAAGCAAGAAAUGACACAGAUUCCCAACUAUUUACACAUUAGCGUCAAUUUUAAAUUAGUCUUUGCGUACGUCUUAGGGUUAGUAAGUAUGGUCGUCUUUCGACCGUAACGUAUCGCAUUUUUUUGUACUCUCUCUCCCUAAAAAGAAUGUUUGUGUGCUUCCCACACUUGUCGAGUAACGGAGGCGCCAUUAUCGGUUAUAUUUUCCACGGUGGUAUUGUUACGAAGGUGCGCGUGAGCAGUCUUGGUGUGCCGCACCUGUUUAAUGAAUUGAAAAGUAUUUGCUGGCAAUUGUUUGUAUUACGCUUAAGUAAAUUUAUUAAAUAAAUUA